AAAAGAUCAAAUAAGAACCUCAAAAAGUUAAGAACUCUAAGAACCUCUUAUAUGAUUUCUUCCCCUCAUACUUUCUUACAAACUUUCAAGAACUUAUACCAAAACUCUACCACUAUCUCCUCCAACUACCACCAUCAUCCACCCCAUCGUCGCCUCUAGCCACCGUAGCUGCCUUACCACCUUUUACCGUCACUCUGCUGCCUCCUACCAGCUACCGUCCUCCAAGCUCACAACCAACGACCUCCGACCUACAAAUCCCAACCUCCAACUAAUCUAAGUUAGAUGUCAAUCUCAGAUCUGGAACUUUAGCGACUUUAAGUUACAUCUUCACUACUAUCUGGAACUUCCGGUGAUUCUAAGCCAUAUCCGGCCUUCUACACAUUCAGAUUAUGAACCACAACUAUCACCGUCGAAACACCAGAUCUAACCUUCCACACUUUCAGAUCUGUGAUAUUUGCUUCGUCUCUGACCUCCGACCUCGCUAAAACACUAGAAGACGUUGUCAGGCGUCGUCCUCUCUUUUCUUCAGUGCUCUAACAACGACGAUUUCCUUUCUCCAAAUCUACAACUCCGGCGGCGAGCUGUGAGGAUCUACCAAAAUCGGCUCCUUCUAGAUCUGCUUUGUCUUUUAUUCCUCCGGAUCUACUUUGUCUCCGACCACCUCCAGCUAUCUUGUUCAUCUCCGACCACCAAGGGCCUUCAUAUGUCACAACUUAUGCUCAGAUGGAUAUCUUUCACACUGUGUUCAUCGAUGCACAUCUCAACCUCUUCAGAUCUAAACUUAUAUCCUUCACAACGAGCAUUCUUUAAAUUCGGUGGAGUUUCACUCAAAUCGAGAUCGUCUGAAAAACCACCAAAUGUCAUCAACCUUUUAGAUUUAAAGCCAAAGACGCACCAAUUUCUCAGAUGUAGUCAGAUAUGGGUGUGCUUGGUGCAUUUUCAGAUAAAUCUCAUUUGGAAGAAAAAAAUGUUGCAACUACAUCACCGCCAUCAACGGACACCAGAGGAUCAACCGGACCACCACCAGAACACUAUCUCUCCACUCUUUGCAGAUCUGGUUUCACAUCCUUCCUUCGCUCGCACUCGUUCCCUCGUCGGGAACAUCCACCGCUCGUCAGAAACCACAUCCUCUCAUCUUCCUGAACUGACGCCCCAAACCACCUCCGAUCGUGAUGUUUUCUAUGGUUCCAGUCUUUUCUGUUGGAUCCUUAACCUCAUUAUGAAGCGUCUCUACUACAAUAAAACGAUGAUUUUGAGUCAGGUAUCCAUUUGA